AUGACUUUAUUUUCUUCAUGAUUCCGUUUGUUUCGUAAGCAGGGCCAAUGAAAGCUUUACUAAGAGAGCUUGUAAAUUCCUGGUUGAGGUCAUUGUUUAUGAGAGCUUACAGAGGUUUGGCUCAUGUCCUGAGGUUUUUUUUUCUUCUUCACUGCUGCACCCUCUGUCUUUAAAGCUGCGCUGCCUCCACAGAUUUUACCUUUCGGCCAAAACCACCGGACGCACUGCUGGUGUCGACUGACAGACGCUCAUCUGUACACUCAGUAAAGGUCCCAGGAGUUAUCUUACCUCCACCAUGACUGAUCGCUUCGACUGCUACUACUGUCGCGACAACCUGCAUGGGAAGAAGUAUGUGAAGAAGGACGAAAAGCAUGUGUGCACCAAGUGCUUUGAUAAGCUCUGUGCCAACACCUGCGCAGAGUGCAGACGCCCCAUUGGUGCUGAUGCCAAGGAACUGCACCAUAAGAACCGCUACUGGCAUGAGGAUUGUUUCCGCUGUGCCAAGUGCUACAAGCCAUUGGCCGGUGAGGCAUUCAACGCCAGGGAUGACGGCAAGAUAAUGUGCGGCAAGUGCGGCUCCCGGGAGGAUGGCAACCGGUGCCAGGGCUGCUACAAGGUGGUCAUGCCAGGUUCACAGAAUGUGGAGUACAAGAACAAGGUGUGGCAUGAGGAAUGCUUCACCUGCUUUGAUUGCAAGCAGCCAAUCCGCACACAGAGCUUCCUGGCUAAGGGUGAUGAGAUCUACUGUGUACCCUGCCAUGACAAGAAGUUUGCCAAGAAAUGCUUCCACUGCAAGCAGCCAAUCUCCUCUGGAGGGAUCAGCUACCAGGACCAUCCCUGGCACUCUGAGUGCUUUGUGUGCAAAACCUGCCAUAAGCCUCUGGCAGGAGCUCGCUUCACCUCCCAUGAGGACAGUGUUUACUGUGUGGACUGCUACAAGACUGAUGUGGCCAAGAAGUGCCAUGGCUGCAAGAACCCUAUCACAGGGUUUGGCCAUGGCACCAAUGUGGUGAACUACGAGGGAUUCUCCUGGCAUGAGUAUUGCUUCAACUGCAAGAAGUGCAGUCUCUCCUUGGCCAAUAAGCGCUUUGUCCUCAAUGGAGAUCAUAUCUACUGCCCUGACUGUGCUAAGAAACUGUGAGCUGUACAAUCACCUGUGCAGGGGUUUUAAAGUUCACCAAAACCAACUUUUUGACGGUUACUCUUCGAAAGAACAUAUUUUCUCAUAAAAAUAUAAAAAAAAUGUUUGAGGCCUUCAUGUAUUCGAAAUGCAGCUACAGCUUCUGAAAUAGCAUAACAAUGUCAACAGUCAAAUUUAGUGAAAUGUCUGUUCAUGUGGAAACUUGCAGUUAUUUCAACUAAAUAUGUAUUAGCUUGACUCAUUUAUCUUCAUAUAUGUAAAUGCAACUUGUCAGGGUGUGAUACGACCAUGCAAACGGAAUUCCUUAAAU